CGGUCAUGCUGCCAGGGACGGAAGUGGCACUCCUACUAAUAAUUUAAGACCAUGCAAACUUGGCAAAUGUGUGGAUUUACCAUAUAGUAUUCCGAAUAAUUUCUAGAUACAUUUGUAAAUGUUUGACUGUGACUCGAUCCCCGUAAAAACUGUGGUUGACGUCUACGCUACUACUACUACACACAUUGCACUUGCGCAGUACCGUCCUUGCCUGUCAGCAGCAGAGCAACAACAGUGUGCAGCAUCACCACCAGUACUAGGGCUCGCGCACGCACAGACGGCUCUCGAGGCUGCGACGGAAUCCUGCUUGAAGCGUACAUUUUCUACUCAUCUGUUUUAUAUACAUGCAUGUGAUUUUCUCUAUGCAUAUGGUCGGAAUUUAACCGCUGGACCAUGUUUUGUUGUCGCCGUUACUCUUAUCGGAACUGAGGCUAAUUAUCUAGCGAGCACAUCGAACGGAGUGACUCCGUAAUGCUCCACAGUAAGGACAGAACUGGUUUCCUGAGGUCUAUGUUGGGGCCUGCUUGUUGAGAUCCUCCUCCUCCACCCACCCUGAACCUCACCGUGAUGGCAGAGGAUCAACAACAACCCGGUCCUUACCGAAUAGGCACCUUACCACCACUGGUCCCUGGUCUGCAGGGCACUGAGGCGAGUGCACUGCAGCUCAAAAUAAAGAACUCCAUCUGUAAAUCUGUACAAUUAAAGGUGGAUAACAUUUUGCAAGAUGUGGAAAAGUUUACAGACAUCGAGAAACUCUACCUCUACCUUAAGUUGCCUUCUGGGCCCAGCAGUUGCACUGAGAAGAGGACUGAGAGAGGGUCUACCAGUCCUGGAGCUCUACCAUGCGACCAGAGCUCCAUGUCCUCCAGCCGCACACAGCAGACGCACGCCUUCAACUGGAUCAAGGGCCAGCUGGAGGAACACCCAGAGACCUCGCUGCCCAAACAGGAAGUCUACGACGAAUACAAGAGCUAUUGUGACAAUCUCAACUACCAUCCACUGAGUGCGGCAGACUUUGGAAAGAUCAUGAAAAACGUCUUUCCAAACAUGAAAGCUCGGCGACUGGGCAUGAGAGGCAAAUCUAAGUAUUGCUAUAGUGGACUGAGAAAGAAGGCCUUCGUACACAUGCCAUCUCUCCCUAACCUGGAGAUCCACCAGACAGGAGAGGGGUGUGAGGUGCUGGAAGCGUCAGGCCAACUGUGCGGGCCGGAGGAGGAGGUGAGGUCGGCAGCCUGUGGCCUGGUGUGUGAGUGGGCCCAGAAGGUUCUGAGUCGCCAGUUUGAUGCUGUGGAAGACUUGGCACGCUUCCUGCUCAACAGCCACUACAUCGGAACCAAGUCUGUGGCGGCACUCACCGUCAUGACUAGCACUCCCACAGGGGUGAAGACGCCCCUGCCGAGCUCAGCCUUCGUCCCCACAGCGGAGGCCCACCCCUUCCAGCCACAGGUGAAGACGCUGCCCUCGCCUUCCCCCUCCAUCCAUGCCAAGCAGCAGCUGCAGCGCAAGCUCCAGAAGAAGCAGCAGGAGCAGAAGCUCACCUCCCCCCUGCUCGGGGACACGCACGGGGGCACAGCGGCCUCCACCUCCCUCCCCUGUGGAAGCCCCGCCCUCCUCUCCCCCCAACCCACCAUAGGGAUUGUGGUCGCCGCAGUCCCCAGCCCCAUCACGGUGCAGAGGAGCCGGCAGCUGAUGUCUCCCAGUCCGGUGGGCUCCACAGAAGGGAAGGUUCUACCAGUCAACUUCCAGGUGGUGACCCAGCCGGUGCAGUCUAUCCGGCAGAGCCCCAAGCCUAGCCCGAACUUCUCUGCCAGCCCUGUGGGCGACCGUUCCGCACGCCACCGCUACGCCCAGAUUCUGCCCAAGCCUUGCUCCACCAGCGCCCUGGCCCUGCGCUCCCCCCCCACCCUGGUGUUCACCAACAGCCCCAUCCAGACAGUGAUGCCCACUCCCCACGUCAGCUCCGUCAAUGUGGUAAAGAUCUCCCUGGCGCCCAGCAGCAGCACCCCCACCCUCAGCAGCUCCACCCUGCGGCCAGCGUCUGCCUCUGCCGGCCUGGCUAGCCCCGGGGGCUCUGCUGGCCCCCUCCUGGCCCCUGUAGCCAGGCAAGGCAGGGCCCCCACCACCCCCACCAUGGAGGUUAAGAUGGAGGCUGAGGCCUGUGACACUCAGGAAACAGUGCCAGUCCAGAGGAUGGUGCCCCGGGCUGCCAGUCUGCCCGCCCUCCAGACUAGAGGCUGCCUGGGCCAAGAGGCUGGGGCUGGGCCUGGGGUGGGGGUGGGGGUGGGGUGCAUGCCCCCCUCAGGCUCCCACAGCACUGUGGCAGCUCCAGCUGGCAGCAAUAACAACACUAGUAACAACAGCACUUUGUAUCUGACGGCCUCCAACCAGAACAGUAGUUAUACUGGGUCACCAGUGGGUGACUCCUUGUCCUCCAGAGAAGGCUUCCAGGCCCUAAGGAGUCCCAGAAAACGCCCCAGCAUGGGCCCAGAGCCCUACCCCUCGCCCGUCAAGAGGGUAUUUGUCUCCCAGCAGGCACUAGGAGGCGGCAACGGGCCGAGGCAGGGGAUUGGUGCUGCAGUGAAGAAGCUCCCCAGGUCUGGUGCCCCUCUCCGGCCAGAGAGUGCUCCAGCCACCGCCAUCAGCAAGGUGACUGUGAAGCUCAACGCCAGCACCCCCACCAGGAUCCUGGCUCUCUCUGACCCUCCCAUCCGACGCUGCGGCUUCCAGACCGUCCGUCCACAGAGCGCCCUGCUGGGAGGAGCCACUCCCGUUACCAUGGACACCAGCAACAUGGGGGCCGGUGGCGCCCAGCUGCAGCAGCCCCUGCCUGCCCCGCCUGUCUGCAACCAGCUCCAGAACAUCUCCUCCAUGGGAGGGAUGGGGAACUCCCUGUGGCCCGGGGGGACUCAGCAGGCGGGGCAGCAGCAGCAGCAGCAGGCCUUUCCCCAGCAGAUGGAACCAGCAGACCAGAAGGAGACCCCGGUCCUGGAGCCUCUGCUGGUUCAGAAACAGGACUGCGGGCCGAUGCCCAUGCAGACGGACAUGGACUACUUUUUCAACGACGACGACAUGACGCAGGACAGCAUUGUGGAGGAGCUGGUUCAGAUGGAGGAGCAGAUGAAGCUCAACGGCAGCCUGGCUUACUGUGCUGAUGUCGAUCUGCCAGGCCAACAGGGGGCAAUGCAGGGAGGCACCAUGUCCUCCAACCAGACCGUGACUCCAUACUACCACUCUACCCACAGCAGCACCACACCUAUACACACCCCGACCCCUACCCCCACCCCCACCUCUGAGAUGCUGGGGGGGCAGGGCCUGACCAGGGAGAGCCCCUGCUCCCGUGUAGCCCCCAGUACCCCCGUGGACAGCGCCUUGGGUAGCAGCCGGCACACCCCUAUCGGCACCCCCCACUCCAGCUGCAGCAGCGUGCCUCCCAGCCCCGUGGAGUGCAGGAACCCCUUUGCCUUCACGCCCAUCAGCUCCAGCAUCACAGGUUACCAUGACGGCAGCAUGGUGUCCAGUAGCCCGGUCAAGCCCAUGCAGCGGCCCACAGCCACCCAUCCUGACAAGGCCCGGCUGGAGUGGAUGAGCAACGGCUACAACACGAGCGGAGCGGCGUCUGGAAGUGGCAUCAGCAUCCUGCCCAGCUACCAGGACCUGGUAGACGACCAUUUCCGGAAGCCCCACGCUUUCGCUAUCCCAGGACAGAGCUACCAGCCCCAGAGCAGGCACCAUGAUGGGCACAUGGGCCGGCUCACGCCCAUCUCUCCGCUGCAGACCUCCAGUCCCGCCAAGCAGGAGGGCUUUGCAGUACCCGCUCCUCUGGACAACAAGGCCGCCCCCUCCGCCGUGGGUGCCGCCUUCCGCUGCCGCAGUGUGAGCCCUGCCGUCCGCCAGCGCAACCUCAGCGGGAGCACGGCGGCGCUCCAGAACAUCCCCCGGACGCUGGCGUCCCCCUUCAGCUCCCCCAUCACCCCCGAGGUGCUGAGCGUCCUGGCCGGCAGCCAGGCGGAAGCAUGCUCCAGCAGCGUGGCUCAGAGGAGCCAGUCGGUGCCAUUGAAUGUGAUGAUGCAGACUGAGGUGCUGCCCAUGCAGGCUAACAGCCAGAAGAUCACCAGCGUUCUCCUGAGCAAGAUGGACGGGGAUGGGGACGAUGCAGUGCGAGGGCUCGGCAUCAACAACAUGCCCUCCAACUACACUGCCCGCAUGAACCUCAGCCAGAUCCUGGAGACCACGCCCAGCUUUCCCAGUAAUGCCAACCAUCACACACUGGCCACACCUGGCAGCAAUGCGUACGAGUUCCAGAAGCCAGGCUACCUCAUGAGGAAGGAGCAGAUGAUUCUGUCUACCGUUGACAGCCACUCACAAUCAGCUCCUGGAGAGCAUCGGCUACACCAGCACCAGCCACAACAGCAACUUCAACAACUUCAACAACAGAACCAGCCACAACAGCAACUUCAACAACAGAACCAGCCACAACAGCAACUUCAGCAACAGAACCAGCCACAACAGCAACUUCAGCAACAGAACCAGCCACAACAGCAACUUCAACAACUUCAACAACAGAACCAGCCACAACAGCAACUUCAACAACUUCAACAACAGCUCCAGCCACAACAACAACUUCAACAACAGCACCAGCAACAACAACAGCUUCAACAACUACAACAGCUUCAACAACAACUACAACAUCAACAGCAAAAUAGUCAGCCCAUGCUACCAGCAAACAACACACUGCAACACCAGCAACAACAACAACAGCAGCAGCAGCGGCAACAACAACUCCAACAUCAACGGCAGCAGCUGGACUUUAGUACCACAGUCAAAGAGCUACUGGCCUCUGACAGCCUUCCUACUGGUUCUGAUCUGGCGGGCCAGGCCUCAGAACCUUCCACAGGGUCACUAGGUUUCCCUGGCGACAUGCGUCUGACAUCGGAGCUGUCCAGCAGCAUCAAUGACUUGAACGCCCUGGACACCAAUUUGCUGUUUGACCCCUCCGGCCAGCAGGGGGCGUACGGAGACUCCACCCCUGAGGAGCUGCUGAACGAUCCUCUGUUCCAGCAGAUCUGCAACGAGACUGCAAACUCCAGUGGAUUUGAUUGGUUGGAAAGCAAAGACCAGCCCACUGUAGGAUUGAUGGGUUAGGUGAGGUCAGGGUUCUCUUGUAUUUUUACUGGGCUGGGUUUUUAUUGUUUAUAACGUUUUUUUACCUGUCUUUGUAAUUUUUUUACGUUGUACAGCAGGUGCAACGCUCUGGGUACUGUGACUGUCCAAUUGAAGUGCCCAGCUUUAGCAGAGAUGGUCUGUCUUUAAUGAUGCAGGUUAUGUACCCCCUCCCACAUCACCACCCAUUACUGUACAGAGCCUUUAAAUCAAAGGGGGGGAGGGUUUACUUUUAAGAAGAUGGACGGAUGAUAUCACUGCAAGAUAUAUCUGUUUAGAUGGCUCUGUAGCAGCUAACCCAACCCUUUCAUUCCAUGAUUCUAUUAGAGGAAUGAUGUCAUAAUAAUGUAAUAAUUAUAUAAUAGUAGCCUAUAGCUUGUUUCCCCCCCCCCCCCCCUUAGAUCUUUCAUUUUCAGCAAUGCACCGCACUGACUGCAUUGAUUUGGAUAAUGAAAGGUUGUAAUUUUACCGUUGGAAAGAAUGCAUCAACUCGUUCAGAACGGGUGAUUGAUUACAGGUGCACUAGUGAAGAUCAGAGUGUGAAUAAGGCAUAAAACCCAGGGAGAACGACAGGUAAUCCCAGCAGGUGCUUCUAGAACAUCCUAUUGUUCUGGAAUUCUAGCCUUCAGAGCCUUAUAUUCAUACCAAAGAAAAACAGGUCAAUCAUUGAGAUGUAGAAAUCCAACCAAUAGAAUCUUUAAAUUACAAUCACUGUCUCAAGGUUGAGUUCCUUUCUGUAAGAUGUGAGCUGAAACCUUGUUGGCUGUAUAUACAUUUCCUUCAAUAAGAAGAAAUAUGAAGAAAUAGUUAACUGACUGACAGUUAACUGAUAGCUUUGUAGCACUGGAAGAAAUGCUGAGAAUCCCACUACUGGUCUGGUUAAUGUAACCUGUGUAGCAGGACAAUGUCUGGGCUUAAUUGGUUCACUGUUACAUGAGUGUUCCUCUCCUUACAAAGCCCCCAUUUGUAAAUAUGAAAGCUCAACAUUAAGAACUAAAAUACACUGUAUGGACCUGUAUGAACUGAAACUGUGCACCCUCACUAACAAUAUAUAUAUAUAUAUAUAUAUAUAUAUAUAUAUAUAUAUAUAGGUGACUUUGAAUCAGGAGCCAGCAGACGUAUGUGUUGCAACUGGCACCACAACUUGUAUAGAUAAGGCUGUGUGUGUUUUUUCAUUUGUUUCUCUGAUCUUUUUUGUUUGUUUGCUUCCUGAGAUUUUUAAGGGCCCUCCUAAUGCAGAGGAGACACCUUGAGUGAGAACAUAGCAUGGUAUUUGAAAGUGACAUACAUAACCAGGUUGCAUAUCUUCCUCUGACAGAUGUAAACAAGAAGUCUCAGAGGACACAAUGAUUUCAUGGUUCAUACAGUCCGCUCAAAAGGUUCAUCUUAUUGCACUAAACUCCCUGUGAACCUGAGCACCUCUGAUGGGACAGAGGUAUUGAUGGAGACCCACAAAAUAUUAAGAUCUGAAAUAGAAAAGAUAAAUAAUUUAAAGUCAAUCAGAAAUAUGACAAAGUAAAUUGUCUUCUUAUGUAGCAAUGUACAUGAAUCUCAAUGAGAUUACUUAUCUGCUGUAUUCUCCUAUAUGAGAAUAUAAAACUAUCUAGUUAUCUAAAGGAAAAAAAAGGACAAAUAUUAUCAAAAGAAUCAUUCAGUGUUGAUCAAUGUGUGCAUGCAUGUUUAAUUCUAUUGUAUAGAGUAUUGUAACCACUGUAAACAAGGACUGGUCCUGUCAUACAGAAAGUUGGAACUUUUUACAUGAGUUUCUUGCAUUGUUUGAUGUUUACUAACUCAUAAAUCUUUUUUUUUUCUUUGUUCAGUUUAUGGGUCCGUUCAGUUUAAAACCUUUGGUGUUUUUACUUUAUCUGUGAUUUUUUUUAAACAAAAAAACUCUUGCAUUUGUAUUUUUAAGAAACCCUUAAAAAUAAGCACUGAUGUUUGUACUUAAUUAAAAGGAAACGGCAUUAACCAGUGACCCCCUGACCCGGUAGAGACACCCUUCAUCCUACACUUCAUCUGUUACAACUAUCCUCCGUCGUGUUGUUGUCCAAGUACAGUGCUCAGCAGACCGUACAGUUGUUUGAUAACGUUGCCAUAGCAUUUCAGCCAAUGUUAUCCUCUUUCUUUUUUUAUUGGGGGUGCUCAAUGAUGUUGAGAUUUUGUAAGUGGUUUAAAAAACCAAUAAACUUUUUUUUUAAAGUACAUAAA